CGAAAAAUCCACGCUCCGAAACUCGAACCCCAGCGACGGCGGAGAAAAUCUAUAAAACUCGCCCGGUUUCGGCGAAAUGCAACACACUUUUCCCGUUGGCCUUGCGAGGCGAAAGUGAUCGUGCUAGUCUCGGCUCGGCAUCGAGUUGUGGAACCGUGAGUUCGUGAGUUCGAAAGGAAAAUCUUGUGUGAAGAACCGGUGGUGCAAUCUUUUGGUGCAAGUGUUGUUAAGUGGACGACUGUGGACUAUUUUAACAUCAGCACGCCGUGGCAAGGAUAUUAUGAUAUAAGAAACGAUGGCCAGUGUAAGUGUUUUGUGUGAGCUAACGUUGAUGGUGGUGGUGGUGCUGACCGUGGUGACACCAGCGUUCGCCGGCCGUACAGUGUUUCACGGCCGAGAACCACCGCGCACGCUACAAAUGAUCGGUUCGACAAACCCGCGCAUGCUUCACAAGAUCAGUGCCGAUCUUCAGCCCGACACCUCCAAGGUGGUGCACAUCCAGGUGCCGUACUACAUCGAUCGUCCGAAACUGCGCACCAAGAAGUUCCAGCCCUGGAUACCGCGGGGCCAUCGCUUCGUGUCCUCGUCGGGAUCUCUGCAGCAGCAGCAGCAGCAGCACCUACCGGGUCCCGUGUCGUUCGGCACUCCGUUCCCCGCCCGGGAAGCUCCCUUCAAAGCGAAGCCCAUACUGCCGAACGAAUUCCUCGCCAAUCCCGGGCCGUACGAUACACCCUUCGUGCCGGUCAUGAAACCGAGCCCAGUAAAUCCGCUGCACGCCGAGCCGCCCGCUCCGGAGAUUAUGUUCGAACCGAUCAGUAUCCUUCCGCUGGAAGCGCCCUCGUUCGCCACCAUCCGCAAUCACGUGAACUAUCUGAAGCAGAAGCAGCAAGCGUUCUUCGAAGGACAGGGCCGUGAGUUUGGGUUGGGUUCCACGGUGCCGGACGAGCUGGAGUACUUUAGCGAGCACGACAAACGACUCGGCGAUGGAACUGUGCCGAUGGUGCACAAUGGAGAUUCGGAUCGUACCGGCGGUGAACGGAACACACUGUCCGAGCAUGACUUCGGACAGAACGAUCGUAAGUACGAUCGACGCGGUAAGGCGAUACGACCGGCGAAGGAGGAGGACGGUGAGGAGGAGGAACAGUCCGACGAAGAUGACUUUUACGACUCGGAAGGAAAGCAGUAUCAGGACGAUGAUUUUGAGGACUCGCGGGACGAGACGGAUCGGGCGGCGGCAUUCGAACCGAAGAAGGUGUACACGCAGGUGAGACAUCGCGAGAUAGUACGACACGUUCCCCGAUCUGGACGGGAUGAGGCGGUGGAGCACGAGGAGGAAGAUGAUGAUGAGGAUGAGGAAGAGAACCAAGAGGAUCACGGUGAGCAGGGUAGUGAUAGAAAGAAUGGCGAUCAUGAGGAGGAAGCGAAUGAAGAUCGCGAUCAACUCCCACCCAUUCGGGAGCGCCUAAAUCUGCAGCGUAAAAACAUUGUCUACUCGGAGAAGGGACAUCAGGCGAACAAGUUCGACCACGGGUCUGAAGAAUCUUUCGGUGAGUUCCAGCAGAAGGAGGACGCCAAACCGAAGCAACGCAACAGAAUCAAGCGUGCGGUUGAGGAGCAGCCGACCGCGAACAGAACCCUAUCCGAUCAGAUUGUGGACGUGCUGGCGAUGGUGAUCUUGGGCAACGAAACACUACCCCUGCCCGAAGCGUUGACCGAUCCCCGUGAGCUUCACGGCGAAGAACUGAUCAAGUUCCUCGAUGAAGCCAUCCAAAACACAACCGCCUAUCUUCCCGAGGGACGGCUACAGAAUCGGGAAGUGAUAAGCAUCGUGUCUCCACCGAGCAAUGUGGUAAAGUUCCCGUACUACAACCGGCCGGCAAGUGAGAUCGAUGUGGAUUCCGCGCUACGGUACGCGGAAAAUCUGACCAGCUUCAGCAGUGGACUUUACGGUGCGAAAGCAGCCGAUGGGGAGGAGUGUAAUGAGGUGGACGUGGAGCUGGAGGACGAACCGGAGCCGAUCGGGGAGGAAGCCGGCGCCGGGGAAGGUUUCAAACCGAUCCGAAGGCUUAAAGGGCUGGGCGAUAAGAUCGAUUGCUUGAAGCGGAAGCACUUCGGCAGUGAGCCGUUGGACAAUCCGUUGUUCCGCGAGGAGUUUGUAGGGGUUGUGCCGCGGAAGAUGUACGUUGGCAAGGGCACGACGCCCCCGGUCCCUCAGCAGAACCAGCAGCCACAACCUAAUCCAGCGGUGGCCGUUUACAAUGAUGUGAUACGCCACAUCAAGAAGCAUCUCGCGAGCCAGCAGCGCCGGAAGAACUCGAAAGCGGACACCGAACAGGACACGGUGAUGAUAGCCGUACCGCGCAUAUUGAGACUCGAUCGCGAGGAUCCCGCGGCGAUCGGGACGCAUCACAAACGGGAAGCCCGGCUAGUGUUCCCCCAGGCGAACCCACUCCCCGUCUCCAACCACAUCAGUGUGCCGAUCUUCGACAUCAGCAAGUUUGUGCCGAGGUUUAUGAUGCGCCCGAACGAGGAUCUCUUUGCGGAGGAAGAGUAUCACGCGCCGAGUACGGUAAAGCCACGCGUUAGCAGCCCCAAGGUACGGCUGCAAACGUUGGUAAAGACGGCGGAACAGCUGGCCGAAGGUGCGGUGUCGGUUGAGGAGGGCGUGGAGCAGAUACUGACGACGGAGCGAAGCCCGGUGCGGGACGAUAUUGCCGAUGCGUUCGAUGAUGUGCUGGCCAAACCGAAUCAACCACCGGCACCGCUGCCACCGAUCAAACCGUACAGUGUCGUGGAGAAGGACACCAAGGACGGUGGACCCGAGCCGACGUUUAACAAGUCGGGGCCACCGUAUGCGGCGCUCGCGCUAGAACCGCCCGUGGCGCAGAGCAUUCUGAAGCAGCGCAUUGCACCGCUGGAGCGUAACCAGCUCGAUCUGGCGAAAGCGAAACGAUCGCCAACGAAGCUGAUACCGCGGAAGCACAGAAGACCGUCGGUCACGCGGAAGAAGGUGCUCGUGUUCUAUCACUAGCUCCAGGGCCGGGGAGCGGUUGGUUAAUGUUAUUAUCCUAGUGCUAUUUAUUUGCUAUUAACGUACCUAUAGUGACGCAGACACCAUGCACACGCGCAAAUGCUUUCAGUUGUUCCUUCAGAGACGAAUUUCUCCCGCACCGUAGAA